ACAUCAAAAUGGAAGUGCUGUGUCGUCCGGCAAAUGCUGCCGAUUGAUGGUGCAGCUCAAUAGGAAUUAAACCCAUCGGUCCCAUAAUGGUCCAUUGGACCGGAUCCAUUCAUUUGGGAGACUCCAGAAUCUUCAAUAACGCUACUCAAGGAGGCUCAAAUUCCCAGAACACCAACACUGUAGUGUUCGACGCCCUGCGAUGCUCACGGCUAACGGCUCCUCUUAUCAAUUGGAGUUGGACGACGACGAAGAGAAAGAGCUCGGCUCCUUCUCUUCACCGACUCUAGGCCUCGGAUUAGGGUUAGGGUUAGGGUUAGGGUUAGGGUUAGGGUUUCUCUUCUUCACCCGUCCCCGAUCCCUUAAGCCCCUCGCCACCGCCGUGAAGGUCGCGGAUGGCGCCAUCAAGGGCACCAGAGGCCUCCGCUCCCCUUCCCCCUCCUCCCUCCUCCUCGCCUCCAAGAUCCUCCUUAAGGGCUAUAAGGCCGCCUGCAGCCGCCUCAACCCUGCCGGGCCGGCCCCCGGCGUCCCCGCCGCGAAGCGGCUGAGGGCUUGCUUGGGCGCCGCCAAUCUCCUCAGAUACGCCGCCUCGUCGCCGCUCCACGCCGAUGAGCUUCUCGGAUUCGGGAUCGUGAAGUAUGGGUACGAGGUCUCCAAGAACUUCGCGAAGGUUCUGGAAGGGUUCGUGGGGCUGCAGAUCGAUUCGGCCGUGAGGAAGGGCGUCGACGCGGUGGGCUUGGUGAUCAAGACGGCGGCGGUGGCGAAGGAGCUCAGCCGUUGGAUUGCAGCCGGGUGGGGGCUGCAGAGGAGCCAGGGCCGUGAGCUCCGGGUAGUGGGAUAUCUCAAUCGGAGGGUUCUACUUCUGGGAUGGAUUGAACAUUUUGCUUCGCUUAGAUGAUGCGAGGGUUCAUAUACUGGUGUUUGUUAUGAAACAUUAUAAACUGUUCAUUUAGAAGCUUAAGAUUUUACGGAAGGAAUGGUUGAUUCUCUAAUUUUAAACCACCAUGUUCUUCAGUUGACAGCACUACCUGUUUCAUAUUCUUCAAUUUAUAUCCAAGUUAUUCCCUGCU